AGCUCCCCACCUUUGACUCUUUAUCUACAUGAACUUAUCUCACACAACCUCGGUUCAGAUAAAGACAAAUCACCUCAAGUUAUACCCAAACACUACUUAACUCUUCGAAACAAAGACACUAUGACUACUGAUACCCCAGGACUCUCACCAGAUCAGCUGGAAACCUUCAAUCGCGAUGGCUACCUCAUUCUACCUGGUGCCCUCUCCAGCUCAACUGUCAAAUCUCUACUCGACGAAACUCACAGUCUUCUCGAGAAUUUCUCCCUAGAUGAUCACCCUCUCACACGUUUCUCAACCGGCGAGAAACGUGACCAUGUUGGUGACGACUACUUCCUGACUUCAGGCGACAAGAUGCGGUUCUUCUUCGAGGAAGACGCCUUUGAUGAUGAUGGAAAACUCACCAAACCCAAGGCUCGUGCUGUCAACAAAAUCGGGCAUUAUUUGCACGCUCUAUCCCCUCCGUUUGCUCGUCUUCUGGACCACGAUACGAGCAAGGUCAGCCCACCUGCUGUGGCACGUAGCCUUGGCUUCAAAGACCCUCGGUGUCUGCAGAGCAUGGUUAUCUGCAAGCAACCAGAAAUAGGAGGCGCUGUCCCUCCGCACCAAGAUAGCACUUUCUUGUACACCAACCCGCCAUCGGCUGUUGGUUUCUGGUACGCACUUGAGGAUGCCACGCUCGAGAAUGGUUGUCUAAGUUUCCUGCCCGGUUCACAUCUCUGGGCACCCGUUGAGAAAAGACUCGUUCGCAAGGUAGGCAAUGUUGGUACAGAGAUGGUGGAUAAUGACGGUCCAAGGUUCCCUGCAGCAGCAGGCGAUGGACAAGCAGCGCCAGACGGACCACAUGAGUAUGUCCCUGGAGAAGUCAAGGCUGGCGAUCUAGUACUCAUUCACGGCAACCUCUUACAUAAGAGCGAGAGGAAUACCAGUCAGAAGGGACGAAUUAUUUACACUUUCCAUAUCAUUGAAGGACAAGAUAGGGACUAUGAUGAUAAGAAUUGGCUUCAACCACCAAACGAGGGGUUCACCAAGUUGUAUGCUUAAAUGAGUACAAUAAUCUCUAAAUAACAUAUACUAUUGCAACGCUCAUCAGAGCCCUUUUUCCGUCCACAA